AGUUAUGGGUUUCACGCUAAAUUUCUCAUCACUGAAGAACUUUGUCUUCUUCUAUUUAUCACUUCGCCUGUUCACGGAAGGUGUGGAGGAAUUCCUAAUCCAACCAACUGCUUGGUAUUACUAAAGAAUUUGGGAGAGUCAGAUCUAUUCCUUGGAUUAACCUUGGCAGCUUAUUCUGCUGGGGCUUUGUUAUUCGCGCCAUUUGUUGGAGUUAUCGAUGAUAAAUUUCAAGCAUCAAAAUUGAUCACUGUUUCUUGUGCUUUUGUGAGAUUCUUUGGUAAUUUAUUGUACUCAAUUCCUAUCAAUGGAUACUUUCCAAUGUUUGGAAGGUUGAUAUCUGGUCUAGGUGCAGCUACAGAUGGAAUUUUGUUCAGCGUUCUUGCUAAAGGAACUACCGAUAAGAAUCGUGCCAAAGCAUUCCUAUAUCUUGAAGCACUCUACAGUCUUGGUACUAUGUGUGGCCCAACAUUGGGUAGCGCUCUGACCUUCAACAUGGAUAUAUAUGGUUGGAAAAUCAAUGCAGGUACUAGUGCAUAACAAUUGACAUUUUUUUAGUCACUUGUAUAAUGUUGAUGAUAUCUCCACCAAAAAUCGACUCUAGAAAAAUCUUUAACUGACGAAUGCUAGUUAGAAAUGCUUACACCCAUUCUAUGCUGUCUUAUUUGUAGUCUCGCCCGAGGCAUCUUGCUGACUGCAAGACAAAUGACCUUGCCGAAUGACAGCCGUAUAAUCCCUUCCUACACUAUAGCGCAAAAAGAACUACACGACAAGCCAGAGAUGCGAACUAGUACAUUUUGUGGCCAGAUUUCGGUCCAGUUAAUCUUUUGCGUCGACUUGCAUCGAAAUUUUCUGAUAGAAUAGCCUAUAAUAGCUGCAUGGAACCCGACCCCCUCCGUAGGCCUUUUUUAGAAAUGGGUAAGAUGCAACGACACGCCUGCGAACUAUAUUGUUUCGGCACCUAAAUCUGAAUUUCACAUCAAGCAUCAUUUCACGUGCUCCUCCUCCCAAUGAUGCUAACCAACCUGUUGCCAGACAUUUUAAUGAUAGCAAUCACAAUAUUUCAGAUAUGGAAAUUCGAGCCCUCUGUCCCAUUUCUGGAAGCAACGAUAGCCGCAAACGACAUGAAAUGCGCCUCAUAUCCAAACUUGGCACUGUUCACCCUUCUGCCAUUAAUGAACGCAGCUUUUCUUAUGUUUAGUGCCAUCAUAGACAUGUCUUCUGGAUUGUCUAUGAUUCCAUCUGUCCUUGCCUGUCUAUAGCAGACAUUGACAACAUCUACUUAUUACUUUUACCUUAUUUCCACUCGUGUUUUGUUUUGAUUACUAUUUUCAAGAGGCCGUGGCUCACAAUUUUUUUUUGCUAAUUUCGCGAAUCUCGGGUAUGUGUGAGGUUUUGAUAAUUUUCGGCGUUUAAAAUAAUCGUGUUUUCGGCGUUUAAAAUAAACCUGAGUACACAUUAGAGUAUAACUGGAGAAAAUAAGAAGAUUUUUUAUUUUUCCUCAUGUACCACGUAUUCUCGAUUUUGCUCGGUUUUAGUGGAGAUUGUCUCAUAGAACUGAACAUCAUCUUUGCGAAGUUAUGGCUGGAAUUAGUUUCUGCAAGUUGAAUAUAUAUCAGCCCUUUUUUUUUUCUGACAUGCUAUAAAUCUAACCUCGAUCAUUUCACUAGUCAACUAUAUAUAUUUGUCAUGUUUAUAGAAAAAACAUAUUCAAUUAAACAUCAGUCUCUUAAUAUUUUUACAAGUGCUACUAUACCGAGUAUUGACUGAACUCCUUGACAACUAUGCAAUUAGCAUGAGCAGGUACAUGUACGCUAAGCGUACAUAUUUUUAACUUUUGCUUAAUUUACGUGAUUUAUUCCUGAUUUAUUUUACUUUUGGGAUAAGUAAUAGGACCUCUACAUGCGUCUGGGUUCUCUCGUUUGUGGCUAACUUAUAACCAUUAUUUAUUUAAUGAAUUUCUAUAACUUCGAUGGGGUCUGUAAAUUAGAACAUGGCGUGAAAUAUUGUACAUUAGGUGCACGUAUACCACAGGUAAUUCAAAAAAGGUUGUCCUUUGCAAAACCUUAAACUGUAAACCUUAACUCUAAGCGCGCAAAGCUUAAUGGGAGCACAAGUUUCAUACUUAGUAGUUGAAUAUUGCAGCUAAUUGUGAAUGAGUUGUUUUCGUAAGGAGAUAUUUGCCAUGUCUCUAAGAAAUGGGCCCUAUGUAUUAUUUCUAAACUGAUUAAAUGUUGCUCCCAAUCCUCCCAUUAUGCUUUGUACGUUUAGAGUUAAGGUUUGCAAUGGAUAAUCUUUCUUGAAUCAGUUGUAUAAUGCGUGUGCUGUUUUGUGUGGGGGGGGGGGGUUGUGUGUCAAUCCACUGGAGAAGUCUCCCCCCGACACGCUACAGACAACAGUAUAUACUUUUACUUUUUACUUCAAGUAUUUUGUUAGGAUACUUUGCAAUUUUUACUUAGUACGUUUUGCCUCCAGUACGUUUUACUCUUACUCAAGUCGUUUUUUUCUUAAUUACUUCUACUUUUACUCGAGUACAAAUUCAAAGCAAUUUAGGCACCACUGUUAAACAGUGGAAGGAAAACAGGAGAUAAAAGUAAGAAUACUUAACGUCUAAACACAGACAUUUUUAAACCACUCCCGUGACCCCUUAUGGAGGACAUCGGAAUUUACAAUAGCCCCCCCCCCAAAAAAAAAAAAAAAUCCCCAGCUAGGGGAAGCUAAAAGUUCACUAAAAAUCUGAAAUUUGAAAAAUGCAAUGUCCUAAUAUAGCAAAGCGACGGCAUUAUUUAAAGUGAGCAAGUGACGCCGGUGUGCCUUGGCCCUUGUGUGUACUUCAACACACACAAGACCGUUCAACUUUAUCCGCUGGAUGGCCGAAAUUUAACCGGUGGAUAGCGCUAAACGGGCUUUGUGCAACGCAAAUUAUCAAAUGUUAAAUUUUGUAUUCGGUGGCUAGUCAGCUAAACGGUGGUUAGCGACUUAAGCGCCUUUCGAACAACCGGCCCCUCAUGAACAUGUUGGAACUGUAGUGGAAAGGCUAAAUUGCCAGAGUAGUUAAAAAUUAGUUCUAAUAAUUACUGUAUUUCUAAUACUAACUUAUAAUAUUUUAUUAGCCUUGAAAUCAGCUUUGUAAUCGGUUUUGCAUAUAAAGUCGGCUUUUGUUGCAUGUUUUUGUUGAAAUCUUGUAAAGUCUUGUAUUUUAAGCUUAUUGAAAUUUCAGGAUCUCUAUCAAAUUCAAUAUAAACUUCAUGCAACAAUACAAGUGGGUUGGUUUUGUAUUUUCUUUUUCUAUUCCACAGGUAACUCACCAGGCUUCAUGUUGAUAUUUAUAUGGUUAGCCUUACUAUUGUUGGCACUGUUUUUACAAAGUGAUCUUGCAGAAAACUCCAGCAAUGAGACCUCAGUUAUUGAGAAUGAAGAUGGCCAUGAUCCUGCCUUGCCUAACUCAAUAACUGUUGAUAGCAAUAAUAGUUCUACUCCCUUGUCAAUGGUUCUUGCAGAAACAUCGGACAAGGACGUGGUUGAAGAAGACAGCGAGGAUGAUAUUAGCUUGUCUAAAUCAGUCGCUGAAGGUUGUCCUCCAUCCUCAAUG